AGGUGGCUCGGGCAUCUAUACCUGAACGCCUUCCUCGGGAGGUGUUCCAGGCACGUCCCACCUGGAGGAGGCCCAGGGGACGACCCAGGACACACUGGAGGGACUAUGUCUCUUGGCUGGACUGGGAACGGCUUUGGCUUCUCCUAGAGGAGCUGGAGGAGGUGUCUGGGGAGAGGGAAGUCAGGGUGUCUCUACCGAGUGCUGCCUCCGCGACCCGGUCCCGGAUAAAGUGGAAGACGACGAUUGCUGCAGCAGAAAUGGCUGAAAGGAAGAGGAGGAGGUUGUCAGAGUCUUCAUCUGCAAGCACUUCCUCUUCAGUAUCUGAAGAACCAACAAGCUCCUCCACUGAGCUGCCUGACAGUUCACAGUUCAGUGGGACUGGUCUUCGUGCUCCAAGUGUUGUAUCUAUGAAGAGUGAUAGAUCCAAGGAUGAGGCAAUUUUCUUUGGUCCUGGAAAGACUCAAAGUUCACAGGUCAGUGGGACUGGUCUUCCUGCACCGAGCAAUGUGUCUAUGAAGAGUGAUAGAUCCAAGGAUGAGGCAAUUUUCUUUGGUCCUGGAAAGACUCAAAGUUCACAGUUCAGUGGGACUGGUCUUCCUGCUCUGAGCAGUGAGUCUGUAAAGAGUGAUAGAUCCAAGAUGGAGCCAAUUUACUUUGGUCCUGGAAAGACUCAAAGCAAACCAAGCCACUGUUCCGUGUGUGAACAGUCUCUAAGGGAUCCGGUAAAGUUCGCCUGUGGACACUGGUCAUGCAGAGAUUGUGCAGACCGGUCAGCUUGUCCAAAGUGUGGAAAGAAACCCAGAAAAACACAUGAUGAAGACCCAAUUUUAAAAGUGAAGAAGAACCUCCAAAAAGCAAUGAAAAAGAAAUUCUCUUUCAUCUCUGAAGGUAAUGGUGACCAACAGACUUCACUGAAAAACAUCUACACAACUCUCUAUGUUACCACCGGAGAGAGGGAAGGAGUUUCUGAAGAACAUGAGUUAAGACACCUGAAAGGGAGUCUUCAAAAGAAGUCUUCAUUAGACUCCACAGUGAACCUCACUGACAUCUUUAAACCUUUGCCCAACCAAAAGAAACCCCAGAGAACAGUCCUGACAAAUGGCGUUGCAGGCAUUGGAAAAACAUUUGCUGUUCAGAAGUUCAUUCUUGACUGGGCUGAGGAGGAAGCUAACCAAGAGAUUGACUUAAUUUUCAUUCUUGCUUUCCGAGAAUUAAAUCUGAUUAUAAGAGAGAGAAGCCUCCAUGAGCUGCUGAGUGAGUUUCAUCCAGCGCUUCAACCUUUCAAAGAUUCACCGGAUUAUGCCAAAGCAAAGAUAAUAAUAAUCCUCGAUGGUCUGGAUGAAAGCAGACUUCAGUUAAACUUUGAGAACAUGAAGGCAGUGUCAUCACUGACAGAAAAAACAUCUGUAGGUAAUCUACUGGCAAACCUCAUCCAUAGUAACUUACUUGCCGAUGCAAACAUCUGGAUAACUUCCCGUCCAGCUGCUGCCAGUCAGAUCCCUGCAAAAAACGUUGACAUGGUGACAGAGAUAAGAGGGUUCACUGACCCUCAGAAAGUGGAAUAUUUCAAAAGGAGAUUCAGCAACGAUUCAAGUCUGGCUGACAGAAUAACAUCACAUAUUCAGUCCGCACAAAGUCUAGACAUAAUGUGCCAGAUUCCGAUCUUCUGUUGGAUUUCUGCUGUCUUAUUCCAGGAAGUCUUUGGUGGAGAUGAGAAGACAGAAAUCCCUCAGACUCUGACAGAGAUGAUGGCACAUUUUGUUUUUGCCCAAACAAAACGCAGAAGUAGAAAAUAUGAAAAGAAGAGUGAAGCACACAAAGGGAAGGUCCUAACGACACAAAAAGAGUUCCUUCUGAAACUCGGAAAGCUGGCAUUUAUCCAGCUUCUAGAAAAUAAUCUCAUCUUUUAUGAGGAAGACCUGAAAGACGGCGACAUUGAUACUGAAGAAGCUUCUAUCUACUCUGGUUUUUGCAACACAGUUCUUAGAGAAGAAGAAGUCUUCUCCCAGAGAAAGGUCUACUUUUUUGUGCAUCUGACCCUCCAAGAGUUCUUUGCAGCACUCUACGUCUAUGAAUGUUUUGUAACCAAGAAAACCAAACAGCUCAGGAACUUCCUUAAUUUGGAUGAUGAAAACCAUGCUUUACUUGAUCUUGUAAAGAUGACUGUUGACAAAGUGCUGGAGAAGAAGAAUGGUCACCUAGAUUUUUUCUUGCGAUUCCUUCUUGGUCUUCUGGUUGAGCCCAACCGAAGAUUCCUUCAAGACAUGUUGACAUCUGUGGACCCGAAGGAAGAUACAGAGAAGAAAGCCUUAACAUACCUGAGAUCUAUUCGAAGAAAGAACCUGUCUCCAGAUAGCUGCAUCAACAUCUUCCAGACCAUGGUUGAGAUGAGAGAUCAUAAACUCAAAGACGAGAUUCAAGAAUAUCUUCAACUGGACAAUCGUUCAGAGAAAGAGUUGACUCCCCUUCACUGCUCUGCCCUGGCCUACAUGCUGCAGGUGUCCAAGAAUGAACUCGAUGAGCUGGAUUUAAAGAGUUACAACACAACAGAUGAAGGCAGGAGGAGGCUCAUACCAGCAGUGAGGAGCAGUAAAAAGGCUGUGUUAAACGACUGCAAAGUGACUGCAGAGUGGAUUGAACACCUGGUCUUUGGCUUGAAGUUCCCAUUUUCCCCACUACAAUAUCUGGACUUGACCAACAAUGAUCUGAUGGACUCAGGUGUGAAUAUGCUCUGUGAUGGGCUGUCGAGUCCAUGCUGCAAACUCAAAAUACUGAAGUUAUCUGGUUGCCAUGUCACACAGAAAGGGUGUGAAUAUCUGGUCUCGGCUCUGACGUCCAACCCCUCUCACCUGGUUGAACUGGACCUGAGCUACAACCAUCCAGGAGAAUCAGGAAUAAAGAUAAUUUCUGAGAAAUGUCAGCUCGAAAGAUUCAAUUUUGAACAUCAUGGAGAACAUCGGCUAAAACCAGGAUUCAAAAAGUAUGCCUGCAGUCUCACUCUGGACUCCAACACUGCACACAAGAAGCUGCUUCUCUCUGAUGGGAACACAAAGGUGGCCUGGGUAGAGAACGAGCAGCCUUAUCCUGAUCACACUGAAAGGUUUGAUCGCUGUUUGCAGGUCCUGUGUGAACAGGGCUUACAAGAACGCUGCUACUUUGAGGUGGAGCUGGUGGAGCCCUGCACUGUUGGUUUAACCUACAAGAGCAUUGUCAGAAAAGGAGAUACAGCGGACUGCAAGUUGGGGAUGAAUGAGAGGUCCUGGUGCAAGAUUUGCUCAGAGAAGGGUUGUUACAUGCAGCACAACAAAAACAAAGAUUUUGUGUCCUCUUUGCGCUGCUCUCGUGUUGGAGUGUAUCUGGACUGGGAAGCUGGCAGCAUAUCUUUCUACAAAGUUUCUCAUGGCAACCUCAGCCAUCUCCACACCUACAAAGGUAUGGUGUUCAGCGAGGCCCUCUAUCCUGCUGUUGAACUCUUUCCUCAUUCUUCUGCUUGGUUUUGUUUGCUAAAAUAACCUGAAGAAAGCCCACAACACAAAACAAAAAGGAAGUGGGGAGAUUUUGUUGUGUGUAGAUACAGUUAGCUCGCACCUUUGCCAUUCAAUGGCUUCUCCUUAUUUUUUAUUGCUUUCUCUAUUGUAGAUACAUGUUGAAAACAUCAAAACUAUUAAUCAAAAGUAUAUAGAAUUAUGUAGCAAACCAAAAAAAAGUUUUAAAUAACUCAAAUCAUAUUUUGUAGUUUAGAUUGUUCAAAUUGGCUGAUAGCUGACCUUUCCUUUUAUUACUGUUUGCUCUAUUGGCAUUGUCUGGAUGAGCUUCAGGGGGUCACCUGAAAUGGUUUUCUAACAAUCUUGAAGAAGAUUACAAAUAAGGAAUACUAAUAAAGACAAACCAUUGAAAUAUGUGAAUCUUUUGACUGGUAGUGAACAUUUGGGCUGUAAUGAUCCACAUUAAGGACAGGAUCUUACCCUGUUUUAUAUAGACUACAACUGAACAAUAUCUCAUUUUAUUUGAAGAUAGUAGAAUAAAUGUAAUUAUUGAUUUAAUCCUUCUAAUUCAGCCUAAAUCUCUCACAAAGUAAAUGACAAAAAAAUUUAAAAAAGUUAUUGUAUUGUAAAAGUGCAAAAAUAAAAGCUCACCCUAGAUUGGACUCCCAACCCCUGAGAGUCAGUUUGUUCCUAAGUUUACCUAAUUCUGUACAUACGUCAUUAUUAAAAGGAGUUUCAUUGUUUUCUUAAUUAUCAGCUGUUUGAAUCAGUGUUUUAAAUACUCGUCCUUUUUGUAACAAGGAGCUGAAUGCUUCAGCUUCAAGGUGAAUGGGAGAUUAAAAAUUAAUCUCUUUAAGUUGUAAAAAACACAAUUUUUCAUUGCCUCUCAACAAGUUUGAGGUUUUGGUUUUGCUUUUUGGUAAAAUAUAAAACAGUAGAUAUUAUCAUUUCUUUACUAGUAUUAUUUGUAUAAACAUCAGUAAAACGUGACUUUAUUUACUCUAAUAACAUGUUUCCUAAGCAUUUCAAUCUCCCUGGUUGCUGACUGGGGUUAUAAUUUCUAACACUGUUUCUGUUUGAACAGGUUGUCUGGUUAAAGAUGCACAAUAUAUCGCAAAUUUAUCGUUCUCGCAAUAUCCCUGUACACAAUAUACAUAUGGUUGAAGGACAGCUAAAUAUUUAAGUACCAAGCAUUCAAGCUUUCUGUGCCUGUAAUAUACUUGGUGACACGUGUUUAAUGCUCCAUAAAAAGCUUUACAUCGGUAGUGAGGAGGUGAAGUCAUUGCUAAGUCAUUUUAAGGCCUCACAGCAGCCAGAAGUAACUUUUUAAAUAAAACCUUGUUGAGAUGGAAGUAUUACAUUUAAUUUUUCUUCCAGUAGCCGGAUAGAAAACUCAUUUUCUGGGGUCUAUGUUUGCUAUGAACCCAAAGCAGGAAGACAUUAGUACUUUUUAAUUAUUUAAAUAUUAUUUUAUUGCACAUUGCAAGUUUUCCUAUUAUUGUGCACCCCUAAUGUUGGCCUUAAAUAAUGGUAAAUACAUCUUCCUGUAGUUUGUACAAAGUAAUUAUCUUUAUUUACUAAUUUAUUAUACCUUGAACUCUGUUAAUGCAGACUUGUGAGUGAUAUUUCUUUAUAUCAGCAGCUUCUGACAGAAUUAAAACAUCCACUAGACCUAUUUCCAUCUCAACAAAAAAACUAACACAAUAUUAACGGUAUAAUAAAAUCAAAGUUUGCUUACUUUCCAUCAACUGUAUUAUUUAAUUGUGUGUAGCAAAAUUUUACUGCAUAGACUUGUUUGGUUUGUUCGCAUUUCUGAGCUACUUUGAGCUCCAUGUUUUAAAUGCUUGUCUCUUUAUAGUUGAUUUUUGAUUGGUUGUCAUGUAUUGUUUUGUCUGCUGCUGUGUGAGAUGUAACACAUGAGGUAAAGUAGGUUAUUUGUCCGCAGAAUGACUUGUUUGUUGGAAAGUUUUCUAACUGAAAUGUACGACGAAGUAUUAGGGUUCUUAGAUAAAAGAAUAAAAAUAAUGUGGCCACAGAGGAAUCCGUUACCACAAAAAAACUCAGAAAUUUCUAGAUUAAUUUCACAAAUGUACAAGAAACAAGCUUGCAUUUUCUCGAAUGUUCAUGAUUAAAGGCAUAGAUUUUCGAUAUGCAGACUAGUAUAUCUACUGUCAUUGUGAGAAAUUUUCAUGAAAAAAGAAGUUUACUAAGAUUAUACAUUUUUAUCAAUCUUAGAGAAUUUCUUUGUUGCAAAUGGGUGACGUUAUAAUCUUAGUUAACAUCUGUGUUUGUCUCUGGUACAUUUAAGUUCUUUUUCUUACAAAUAUCUGACUUUACAUUAUCAGAAAAUAUCCAAGUUUUUUUAUGUAAAAAUUUGAAGUUAUUUUAGAAAUCGUUUAGUUUUUAGGUAGAAAUCUACUCCUCUGUGGCUGCAUAAUAGUUUUUCUUUGAUCUACAAUGGUCCUAAUACUCUGUCGUAAAUAUGUUUUUCACAUUUUGCAUUGAUAACCAGUCUCACAAUAAAGAUCUGUUCAACAUUUA